GUGUCUCAGAGCCUUCCUGGUUGCUCGUCAAGUUAUUUCAAAGGAAAAUCCCUGCUCACUUUUUCUUAGAGCUGGGAAACCACUGAGAUGUUGUCUCUGUGCACUGGAGAAAGCAAAUGUUCUCAGCAGAAGGUUCAAGUGGUUCCUUGUUUACAGAGCUGAUCUCUGUCGUGAAGAGCAUCCGGGGUACCUGUGCCAAGUCCUUUGGGUAAUAACUGAAGAAAUUUUGGGACAGUAAGCUGUCAAAAAAAUUAUUUUGCUAGUAUUAUGCAAAAGACUCCAAGCAUUUGCAAGUAUUAUGUCAUGUGAUUUACUAGAUAAAAGCCAGUGUGCCGCAGUGCUUUCUAAAGUUACUUUACUCCCCCUCACAUUUACAGAAGACCUUACCACAUAUUUCACCCAGUUUUCUCGCAUUUGAUACUCAUGGAAACCCACUAUGGAGGCUGGGCUGUUUGAUUUUACAGAUGAGGACCCAAGAGUAGACUGAUUUAUACAAGGAAGUGAUGAAUUCUUUUUUGGAAUCCAGUUCUUUGACAGCUUUCUCAUCAGGCUGAGGGUCUUUAUUCAGUAUCAAUCCCUGCAAUGUGGUCCACAGCAGGUUCACUGUAGAAAUUGACUUCUUAAAAUCACUGAAACCUGGGAUCAGAACCACGAGAGCACCCAUGAACAUAAGCAUGGAAUUUCCUUGGAUAUCUUCUGCCACCACCUGGAGGGCGCACCUGACUAUAACUUGUAGACUACAGACAUUGGACUCUGCAGUGCAUAUCUGUCUCCUUGGGAAAGAUCCCUGGGAACCUUUCUGAAGAGUUCAAGCAAGUAAGAAUUGAAAACUCACCCUUAUUUGAGCUGCCCCAAGGGUCUUUCGUCAACAUGAGCACCUUGGAAUAUCUUUGGCUCAACUUUAACAAUGUCAGUGUGAUCCACCUGGGAGCCCUGGAGCACCUGCCAGGACUGAGGGAGCUGAGACUGGAGGGGAACAAACUCCGCUCAGUACCAUGGACAGCGUUCCGGGCCACCCCUUUCCUGAAGGUCUUGGAUCUCAAACGCAACAAGAUUGAUGCACUUCCUGAGCUGGCUCUUCAGUUCUUGGCCAACCUGACCUACCUUGACCUAUCCUCCAAUAGGCUUACAGUCGUAUCCAAGAGUGUCUUCCUGAACUGGCCAGCCUACCAGAAACCCCGGCAGCCUGACUGUGGGGCCAAAAUUAUCUCCAGCCUGGUGGUGGCGCUGCAUGACAACCCCUGGGUAUGUGACUGCCGCCUAAGGGGGCUUGUCCAAUUUGUCAAGUCCAUUACACUCCCGGUCAUCCUGGUGAAUUCCUACCUGAUAUGCCGGGGCCCUCUCUCCAAGGCAGGGCAGCUUUUUCAUGAAACUGAGCUUAGUACUUGCAUGAAGCCACAGAUCUCAACCCCCAGUGCCAAUGUCACCAUUCGGGUGGGACAGAAUGUGACCCUACGAUGCUUGACACAGGCCAGCCCCUCACCAACCAUUGCAUGGACUUAUCCCCUGAGUAUGUGGAGAGAAUUUGAUGUGCUGACAUCUUCUACUGGAGAGGAUACUGCUUUGUCGGAGCUGGCCAUACCUGCUGCCCACCUGGUAGACAGUGGUAAUUACACCUGCAUGGCCUCCAACUCCAUCGGCAAGAGCGCCCUUGUAAUCUCUCUCCAUGUCCAGCCUGCCCAGGCCCUACCUGCACCUGAUUCUCUUUCCAUCCCCUCAGAGGGCAGUGCCUACAUUGACCUGCGGGUUGUCAAGCAGACAGUGCAUGGGAUUUUGCUGGAGUGGCUUGCAGUGGCUGACACCCCUGAGGAGGAGUGGUUCACCCUCUACAUUGCAUCGGAUGAAGCCAUCAGGAAGGAGGUGGUUCACAUUGGCCCCGGAAUCAAUACUUACGCUGUGGAUGACCUCCUUCCUGGCACAAAAUAUGAGGCCUGCCUCAGUCUAGAGGGCCAGCCUCCACACCAGGGCCAGUGUGUAGUUUUUGUAACAGGCAGAGAUGGUGUUGGGCUAGAAGCACGUGAGCGCCUCCUGCAUGUCACAGUGGUCCUGUGCGUGGUGCUGCUUGCAGUGCCUGUGGGCGCCUAUGCCUGGGCAGCCCAGGGCCCCUGUAGCUGCAGCAAGUGGGUCCUGCGCUGCUGUCCUCAUCGCAGAAAAGCCCCCAGCUGCCCCCAUGCAGCCGCACCGUCCAGGGAUGGCUCCUUUAGAGAACAUCCAGCUGUCUGUGAUGAUGGUGAGGGGCACAUAGACGCUGAGGGGGACAAGGAGAAGGAAGGAAUGGAAGACAACAGCUGAACAACGGAGGCCAUGGGGUGGAAAUGGUGUAGGCUUCAAGCCUCUGAAACCAACCCUCUGCAGCAGUCCAUCCAUUUAUCUACCGGGUAUAUAUUGCGCACCCACUGUGUUCAAAGCACUGAACUUGACAUGGGGGCUCAACAGUAAAAAGGGGAACGCAGUCUUUAUCUUCAUGAUUAAGAGGACACAGUCAUUAUCUUCAUGGAGUUAAGGUCCAUGAAGAUUUGUCCUAUCAAAUUAAUCAUUUUAUUAUACAUGGUGAUUAGAAAUUACUAUAUGUUACUCUUUGCAUAUACAUAGCCUUAUAACAUUUACAUGUUUAUACGUAACGUCUACAUAUAACAUUUUACCUAUGUUAUCCUGCAAACAAAGGUAGACUUCUACCUACUUUUUGUAGGUGAAGCAACUGCAGCCUGGACAGUUCAAUGACACGCCCAGAGUCCGCAUCUGGCAGGAGGCAGAAGCCCUACUCAAAAGAGGUUCCAAUUCCAUUGUUUCCUUGAAUGUCUGUUUUGCAGUAUUCUUGUGUCUUUCAUUGUUUAGAAAGUGUGACCCUCUCUCUUCAUGACAAACUCCUAAUGAGAUCACAUAAAUGUGAGAUUCCAAAGAGCUUCCCUUCAGGGUGAUGAGAGCUGUUGGGUGAUGUGAGUCUCUUUUUGUGGGUAUCUGUUCCCCGGUGAGAGGUCCUUGGUGCAACUGGGAAGGCUGGAGCCAUUUCCACCGAGGAGGAGCAGAGGAUCGGCUGCAGCCCUGGGUCUGGCAGAGAGCAGAGUCUGCAGGGCCAUACCCAGAAGGAAUAGCAUCCAUAUAUCCACCACUUUCCCUUAGUCAAUGUCUCAAGCCCUCCUAGGAAAUCCCUGAGAGGUGGUCAUUUCCUCUUAGGUGGACUCAUGUGGAAUGGAGGGGCCCCAGGAAUCCCAGCAUCAACUCAUCGUCCCUCUGGACAGCCCUUCUAGGGGAGAGCAUUCCUAGGAUUUAAUCCACAUCUAUCUUCCUGCAGUUUCCCUCACUGGCCACAUGGAAACGUUUUGAAGAGUGUAAACAUGAGCUAGCCUCAUUGUGACAUCUUCACACCUUCCUUACUCGUUCCUAACGAUCCUUUUAGGCCCCUCUCAAGUGUGUACAUUACGUCUUCCACAGAGCCUGCCUUGACUUCACACCUCUGUGGAGAAGAACAACAUACACAGUGUGUCAUUGGUUGUGAGACCUUUGCAGGCAGAGACUGACCUUCCUCACUGUGGCCACUGCACUUGUCUAAUACCUGAUUUGUGCUCAUAAUAAAUGUUAGUUACAAUAAAAUUUUUUUAAAUUGAAGACA